ACCAGGCUCUGUCACUGCCAAGCGCGGCUCCCCUUUUCUAUAUCCGAAUUUCUACUAUCCCUCCCUCGUCCGUCCUCCACUUUGGCCUCCAUCCCACGCACGCGCUUUUGGCCUUGGAAGCCAUCUUUUUUUCCUUCUUGUCUGGAGACCAUCAUCUGGUUCACCAUCUCGUUCCCGUCCUUGCUCCCGUUGAACGACUGACCGUUGUUCGUCCGCUCGUUUCUGCCGAUUCGCCGCCCUGCCGAACCCCCCCGGCCUGCCAAUCCAUCAUGGCUGACAACAAGAAGAACGACGACUUCGUCGCCAAUAUGCCAGAUAACGGCAUCGGUGAUGGUGACAAGGAGAAUGAUUCUCUCGUCGGUCGCGGCGCCGGUACCGAUGCCAUCCCGCCGCCUCCCACGGGCUUCUUGGCCAAGAUCGAGAACAGCGGGCCAUUCUCCAUCAUGGCCUACUGUGUUUCAUCCAUCAGCAUGACCGUGGUGAACAAGUAUGUCGUAUCGGGUACUUCGUGGAAUCUCACCUUCUUCUACCUCGCCAUCCAGUCCAUUGUCUGCAUCAUCACCAUCACAGCAUGCAAGUACUUCGGUCUUAUCAAGUCUCUCGCUCCCCUUGACCCUGAACGGGUCAAGAAAUGGUACCCCAUUUCGCUCGUCCUCGUUGGUAUGAUCUACACUAGCACCAGGGCCCUGCAGUACCUCUCGGUGCCCGUGUACACUAUCUUCAAGAACCUGACCAUCAUCGCCAUCGCCUAUGGAGAGGUCCUUUGGUUCGGUGGUGCUGUCACCCCCACCGCCCUCUCCGCCUUUGGUCUGAUGGUCCUGAGCUCCAUCGUCGCCGCCUGGGCCGAUAUCAAGAGCGCCAUGUCGGGCGACUACAGCGCGACCACCGGUGACAAGGAUGCCCUCGCGACCCUUAACGCUGGUUACUUCUGGAUGGCCAUGAACGUCUUUUGCUCUGCUUCGUAUGUCCUGGGCAUGCGCAAGGUUAUCAAGAAGAUGAACUUCAAGGACUGGGACUCCAUGUACUAUAACAACCUCCUCACCAUCCCCGUCCUCGUUAUCUGCUCGCUCCUCACCGAGGAUUGGUCCAGCGCCAACUUUGCCAAGAACUUCCCCGAGGAGUAUCGCAACCGCAUCACGAUCGGCAUCAUCUACUCUGGCGUGGCCGCCAUCUUCAUCUCGUACUGCACUGCCUGGUGUAUCCGUGUCACCUCGUCCACCACCUACUCCAUGGUUGGCGCUCUGAACAAGCUGCCCAUUGCCAUCAGCGGCCUCAUCUUCUUCGCAGCCCCCGUCACCGUCGGCAGCGUGUCUGCCAUCUUCCUUGGCUUCGUCAGCGGUCUCGUCUACACUUGGUCCAAGGUCAAGGAGUCUGAGGCCAAGAAGAACACUCUCCCAACCUCUGAGAACCGGGACUCGUCAAAGUAA